AUGCACCAAAGUUUCACCUGUGCAGGAGGUCUUAAAGUACACCAAAGAAUCCAUACUGGAGAGAAGCCUUACAGCUGCCCAGAAUGUGGGAAGUGUUUUACUGCUUCUAACGCCUUCAAAUAUCAUUUGCGAAUUCAUACAGGGGAGCGGCCUUACCCCUGCCUUGAUUGUGGAAAGAGCUUCAACCAGUCAUGCAACCUGACGACACACAAGCUAACACACACUGGAGUGAAGCCUUACAGCUGUGAUCAGUGUGGGAAGAGCUUCAAUCAGGCAGUCCACCUGACCACACACAAGCUAACACACACUGGAGUAAAGCCUUACAGCUGUGAUCAGUGUGGAAAGCGCUUUGCUGUAUCUUCCACCCUGAAUAGACACCAGGGGACUCUCCUAACCGUCGCACUCUCAGUGGGAGGGGCUUAUCACGUUGCUGACGUGACAGAGAAGAGUCUCUCCAGAUCAGUACAUCUCAAUAAACACCAGCAGAGACGUACAGGGAAGAAACCUCACCACUGCUGCUCUGACUGUGGGAAGAAUUUCACAAGCCGAAGUGGCUUCAUUAUUCACCAGCGGAUUCACACCGAAAGAAACCGUACUGCUGCUCUCAGUGUGGGAAGUGUCCAGGAAGUCUUAAAGUACAACAAAGAAUCCGUACAGGAUUCAGAUGCUCAGAGUGUGGGAAGAGUUUCCCUACUUCUCAAACCUUAAAAUUGCAUCUGAGAAUUCAUACAGGGGAGAGGCCUUACCCCUGCCUUGAUUGUGGGAAAGCAUUGCUUAUACACUGGAGUGAAGCCUUAUAGCUGUGAUCAGUGUGGGAAGAGCUUCAUUCAGUCAGGCCACCUGACAAAACACAAGCUAACACACACACACAGGAGAAGCCUUAUAGCUGUGAUAAGUGUGGGAAGAGUUAUGCUGUAGCUUCCAUCCUGAAUAGACACCACACUGGAGAGACACCACACUGGAGGACUGUUGGAUAUAUGUGGGAAGAGCUUUGUUAAUUUAGGACCAAUGAGACAACACCAAAAAGCACAAACAUGGCUUAUUUCAUCUCCCAUCUAUCCAACACCAGUUCCAGAUCCCUUAAUAAAGGAUCAGUAGAAAACAUCUAGUGAACAGUCAUAUCCAUCUCCCAUUCUUAGACAGUUGCUUUAGUCUGAUCACCAUGGUAACCUCUGUGCAGCAUAAUAUGCAGCUCUGAUCUGUCUGAACCUGUGAUUGAUUAAAAUGCUCCUUUAAAAUGAUCAAUAAUACAUUGGAUAAUAAUAUCCAUGAGGUCCAGGUAAUAACUAUGCAUACUGUCUCUUGUAACAAUAGAUUUAUGUAAUAAAACUGGUAAAUGUAAUGUCUUGUUGGUUAAUAUGGUAACAUGUUGAAUUGUAGUAAUAAAUUACUCAAUUUAAAGUAAUAAGUUACAUUAUGUGAGUAACAACUUUUUUUAAUGAGUAAUGUAAUAAUUUCAACCGAUCAUGUAAUAACACCUAAACCAAUGUUUUAUGUGUUACCUCACUAAUGUUAAUGCACAUAUCACCCUCCACCAAUUACAAACCUAUGCACCUGUACUCACACACAAACACACACUCUUGUAUUUGUCACAUACACACGUUUAGCAGAUGUUAUUGCGGGUGUAGAAAUGCUUGUGUUCCCAGCUCCAACAGUGCAGUAAUAUCUAACAAAAUACAACAAUACUCACAAAUACAAAAGUAAAAUAUUGGAAUUCUUGAAAUGUACACACAUGUACAUUCAUACACAUACUUUGAUCAACAAAUAAUCUGAAUGAAUCUGCAGG